AAACCACUGUUACCAAUCAAGUCAAUCUCUCUCCAUCUCUCUCUCUCUCUCUCUCUCUCCUUGCCUCGAGCACUAUUCGGGAAAGGUAAGCGGCGAGGGAAGCAAGGCUACCAUUCUGCCUAUUGCCGCCUUUAACACACUUUCUCCAAUCUUUUUUCCCAGGGUUUUAAGCUUAGGUUGUGGAAUUGAUGGCGACCAAGUUGCAGCAGUUGCAGUCUAAGGCAUGUCAAGCUUCAAAGUUUGUGUCCAAGCAUGGAACUGAAUACUACAAGCAGUUGUUGGAGCAGAAUAAGCAAUAUAUUCAGGAACCUCCCACUGUUGAGACGUGCAGCUUGUUGUCAAAGCAGUUGUUCUACACACGUCUUGCUAGUAUUCCCAAUCGUUGUGAAUCAUUCUGGAAGGAACUUGAUUAUAUGAAGAAUUUAUGGAAAAAUAGGCAGGAAUUGAAGGUUGAAGAUGCCGGCAUUGCUGCUUUGUUUGGGCUGGAGUGCUUUGCUUGGUAUUGUGCUGGUGAGAUCGUGGGAAGGGGAUUUACUUUCACUGGUUACUAUCCUUGAGAAGAUGCAUCAUCGAAUGUGCUUUGGGGGAUUGAAUAUGUAAGUUUCUGUUGUCAUUUGCGUGAUUUAUCCCAAGCAUUUUACUUGCAAAUUUUUAUUUUCCUGCAAAAUUUUUGAAGCUGAGAAAUCAGUGGGUUACUGUGAUUUCCAUAAUAAUCUUACACAUCUGAAGCAGCUUAGGAUGUUAAUGACAUUCGAUAAACUUUGUUGAAAGUCACCGCUUCUCAUGAAUGAUGAUAAUGCUGAGUUUUUUAA